CUCUCGUAUAUUGAUAUCGACUCUCUCAUAUAUUAAUAUCGUCUCUCUCAUUACCGGCAGCUGCCCGACAACGCCGUCUCAUACAUCUCAGCAUCGACUAGCUUGCAACCAAACCCUAGCCGAAGCAUGAGCAGUGGCUAUGACGAUGAAGGAUUUCCCCCAGUGAUGGACGAUAAUACUUGUGGUACCGAUGGCGCACUCGACCGCGCUCUUGGCCUUGGUCAGAAGCAGCUCAAAUGCGUCCCGGCAAUCUUCAUCCAUGCGGGAGCUGGCUUCCACAGUCAUCAAAAUGAGCAUGUUCAUCUUCAAGCCUGCGUUGCGGCCUGUGAGAUGGGCAUGAAAUUCUUAAAAGCCGGCGCCACUGCUACCGAGGCGGUUGAAGCUGCUCUGGUUAUCCUCGAGAACAAGGAGAUAACAAACGCCGGCUAUGGCUCCAAUCUAUCAAUCGACGGCACUGUCGAGUGUGAUGCGACGAUUGUUGAUCAUUUGGGCCGUAGCGGUGCCUGUGGCGCCGUUCCAAACGUUAAAAAUCCCAUCUCACUAGCCAAGCUCAUCUUGGACACAAGCAACAGACCCCUAAGCCUCCGCCGAGUCCCCCCAAAUGCCCUCGUAGGCGAAGGAGCGAGAAACUUUGCCGAAGAGCACGGAAUGGCAACUUAUGGCAACGAAUAUCUCGUUUCCAGAAAUUCCAGGGAUCGUUUCCUGAAAUGGCAAGAAGAUCUGAAGAGAGCCGAGAUUAGCUCCAAAGACAUCAAGGCCAGCUCUGCUUCUAACAAGAUCAAUAUGGGCAGUGCCCUGUACCAAUAUGAUGCAGUGGCAGUGACAGAUCCUCAUAAAGUAUUCCCUAGGGAUCAUACUGCGGCAAUCCUGGCGGGGACAUGGAAUGAAGGCCAGCUUGAUUCGCCAUAUGUCGGCACACCCAAUCCAGACGUAAAUGCUAUUUUUGAGCCUCCAGUGUAUCCAGCAACGUAUGCUCGUGCUCUAUCCUCCACUCCAACGAACACGCCCCGACCUCCCUCGCGACCGACACCGGGGGCUUCAAUGCAUACGACGCCCACUACCGCAACGAGCAAUGUGAGCGUUAAUUUUUCGCCUAGUCGCCUGAAACGGCACUCCAAAAACAUCCAUCAAGGUAGUCGUGGGAAUGGCGUGAGCGCAGACGCUAUUCCGGAUGACACCAGGCUGGCGGAUAAUUCCCAGAUGGCGCACUUCGAUGGGGCGAAGCUUUCCAGUGAAAAUACCGGUGAGCUCCAAGAAGGUUCAGAUGAUGACGGGCAGAAUCAAGGACAAGGAAGAGAUGCCUCCGUAAUAAGCAUUCGCGGUCUUAAGCGCCCGCUUGACACGUCAAAAGAAAACGAGGAUUCUAGCUCACAGGCCGCAAAGCGCCAUUUCCAGUUUGAUAGCGGCAAUGAAGAUUUGGUCACGGACACUAUUGGUGCUAUUGCAAUUGAUGAUGGCGGCCACAUAGCGGCAGGAUCUUCGUCUGGUGGUAUCGGAAUGAAACAUCGAGGCCGCUUAGGGCCGGCCGCUUUGGUUGGCAUUGGUACAGCCGUUGUACCUUGUGCUGAGGAUGACAUUGACAACGUCACUGUUGCAGCCGUAACAAGUGGCACUGGAGAGCACAUGGCCACCACAAUGGCGUCACAGAGAUGUGCUGAGCGUCUUUAUCAUGGGACGCGCCGUGGCCCCGCCGGCAUCGAUGUUCAAGAUGAUGACGAGGACGCCAUCAUGGAAUCAUUCAUAGCUAAGGACUUUAUGGAUCACCCCGGGGUGAAAAGUUGUCAUUCCGCAGGCGCCAUCGGUAUCAUGGCCGUGAAAAAGACUAGUAGAGGCUACUAUCUAUACUUUGCCCACAAUACAGACUCCUUUGCUCUAGCAUCAAUGGGUGGCUUGGAAAAGGCACCGCGAUGCGUCAUGUCACGACUGCCUGACGGUGCUAAGAUUGCCAAAGGUGGCCGCAAAGUUCAGCUGCAGUAAAGUAUCAGCAACAAAAGAGAGAGAGAGAGAGAGACGAGGAAUCAGGAGUUACUGCUUGGCAUUUCAAGGACUAGACCAAGCUAGAAGGGACAUUGGGGGCAAUUUGGCACCUUUGCGCGUGAGAAGGGAUACUGGCGUUGUACUCCAAGUUUUGGUUUUCUUCUUUCUUCUCCUUCAUUUAAACCGCCAAAGCUUUUACCUCGUUCCUCUUUUUGUAUGAUAUUCAUAUAGCGUUAUCCCCCUGUAUUCUUA